AUGGAUAAAUUCCUAGCCACGAAAUGCCCUGUAACUCGCAAUGGUUGUCACCUCGUCACGCGUUACAUACUUAGUCAGCCAAAUAUACUCAGAACCAAUGGAAUUACGGAAACCGUCUUUGAGCUCCGGGACCUAACCAUUCGUAUGGUUGAUGUUGGAGGACCAAGAUCAGCGCAUAAGAAGUGGGAUCCUAGCGCUAACCAAAUGGGAGAGGCUUUGGUGCUUUUUGACUCACUGGUAAAUGGGACGUGGUUCAAGGACAAGCCUAUCAUCCUGUUCCUUAACAAGAUUGGUCUCUUCCGGAAGAAGUUGUGUAGGAGUGAUUGUAGGCUAUGGGCUGGAGCCUCCAGCCCGACUAUUUGUCCGAGGUGGCUUCGAGGCGACCGGUCUAGGCCCUUCCCAUGA